GGUUAAGAAUCCAGGUGACUAUUGAAACAGAGAAACAGCCAGUAGAGGGAGAGCUAAGCUCACAGAACAUGAAUAUAUGUUAUGAUUUCAGCCCAAAGAAAUCCAGCACUAGUGAUGGUCAUUCAUGUUGAUUUUGUUUUGAACUCUAUAUUGGAACUUCUAUGGUUUUCUAAUGGAUGAGGCACACCAUCUUGCUAAGAGCUGCAAGCAGUUUUUAAGACCACAUUCUUUCUGACCUUUUGUUGCCUUCCCACUUUGGACUAUAAACAUACCUGCAGUUACUGAGUGGUAACCUAGUAAUGAUUGACUCUGUCUUUGAAGGUCAAACCCUACCUGAAGCUGAAGGUUAAAAAAACAGAUUUUAUCCCUGACUUUGAUGUGACUGUUUGGGUUACAGCAAGGAGGGAUAGGUUCUGCUUUCUUCUCCUGGAUGGCAUUUCAAAAAUCCUUGUUUUUAUGUUCUGUUUUUAAAAAUGUGGACGUAAAAUUUAAGUUCCAGAAAGAGUUAUUUAAAACUGUAUGACAUUCAUUUCUACAGUCAUAUGAUCCAAUGUCAUUUGGUUUUGGUGAAUUUCAGCACUAUGUAUCAAGAAUCAGCUUAUCUUCAUCCUCUCAUAUUAUCCAUCUCUCCCAGUUGUUUCCUAUUUGGGGUGGGGGGAACCCAUACUUCGUCUCUCUUGGGACUGUGGCGUUUUUCUUUGCUGCUUAUGUUAAAUCAGAUCCAUCAGAAUAACUCCCAUCUUCAAGGAAAGGAUACUGCAGGGUGGAGGUUGCAGUCCAUUUGGAAAGGAAAAGUGACUAAUGUGUAGGCUAGGGAAGGGAAAAAAGGAGUGCCCCAGUUCACAUACAACUUAAGUUUAAAUGAAAGGCGCAAAUAGUACGUAUCUAUUUAUGAGGGCGGAGACUGUCAUAAAUAGCUCUCUGAUGGCAAAUUAGUUUCACUUCUGCUUGUGUAAACGUGGCUUUAUGACGGUGGCCACAAAGGACUCUCUACCCCAGCUGGUUCCACGAACCUCGACCAAGGCAAAGAGGUCGCCACUGUCUUUGUGGAAUCUUGGAGCUGUAGCAUGCAAAGUGACAUCUGGCUGAUGCUCUAAGUGGACAAAGGCAGGCGGUUACAUAACAGGAAAUGGCAGAAACUGAAGAUUUUCUGGUUCGGGAGCUACAUCCAGUGGAUGAUGACAUAUUUAAAGAACCAAUGAGAAAAAGACGACGAUCCGAUCGAGACCAGAGGUUUCGAGCCUUUCCCUCCGUGGAACAAAGUGCCCUCAAGGAAUAUGAAAAACUGGAGUCUCGGACCAGAAGAGUUUUGAGCAACACUUACCAGAAACUUAUUCAGUCCGUGUUCCUGGAUGACAGCAUCCCCAACAGUGUCAAGUACCUCAUAAACCGGCUUCUUGCUUUGAUUGAAAAGCCAUCAUUGGACCCCAUCUACAUUGGAUUAUUCGGAAGCACUGGGGCCGGGAAGAGCUCCCUGAUCAAUGCCAUCAUCCAGCAAGCCAUGUUCCUACCUGUGUCUGGAGAAAGUAUAUGUACGUCAUGUAUCGUUCAAGUGAGCUCAGGCUGCUGUGAGCAGUAUGAGGCCAAAAUCCACCUUCUCUCCGACCAGGAGUGGAAGGAGGAGCUGAAGAACCUGACGACACUCCUGCACAGGACGGAGGAGUUGGGUGGGGAAGAGGAGGAUGCGUGGGACAGGGGUGAUGCGGUGGAGGAAGCUGUUUGGAAGCUGCAGAUGUUUUAUGGAAACGGAGCGGAGGGAAAGAGCUACGAGGAGUUACUAAGGGCCAAGCCCAGAGGAAAGAUUCCCACCUCCAGAGUCAUCUCCCUCAAGGCAGAAGAGGCAGAGGGGCUGUCUGUCAAGCUGGACCCCUACAUCCGGACCCAGAGGAGAGACUGGGGUGGAGGAUCCGCUGAGACACACAUCUGGCCCUUGAUCAAACUGGUGGAAGUGACCCUUCCCAAAUCAGAGCUGAUUCCAGAAGGGGUUGUGCUCGUGGACAUUCCAGGCACAGGCGACUUCAACAGCAAGAGGGACGAGAUGUGGAAAAAGACCAUCGACAAGUGCUCCGUGAUCUGGGUGAUCAGUGACAUUGAGAGGAUUUCCGGAGGGAGAGCCCACGAGGACCUUCUGAACGAGAGCAUGAAAGCCUGCCAAAGAGGGUUCUGCAGGGACCUGGCCCUGGUGGUCACCAAGACCGACAAGCUCCACCUGCCAGAAUAUCUAAGGGAAAGAAAAGUGGGAAAUCAAGCUAUUCAGAGUCAGCGAGAAGCUGUUUUAGAAAGAAAUGAAAUGAUCAAGCUACAGAGGAAUAAAAUUCUCAAGGAUAAACUAAAGAGAAAACUGCCAGCUGACUCCAGGGUUCUGGAAGCCUCUGAGCUGGUAUACACGGUCAGCGCCCAGGAGUACUGGCAGCGGGCGCUCCUCACCGAGGAGGAAACUGAAAUCCCCAAGUUAAGAGAAUAUAUCAGGAGAAGGCUCUUGGAUAAGAAGAAGAGGAUGGUGACCAAGUACGUCACUGAAGCUUUUGGCCUGUUGCUCCUCACAGACAGUUUCAGCUGCACGGACCACAUGCAGAAUGAACACUUGCACAUGAGUGGCCUGCGGAGAUUUGUGGAAGAGAAGAUACAGUUGCUGGAGAAGGCCAUUGACCAGUGCUUUGCCCACAUAGCGCGGCCCCUGCAAGAAGGGAUCUGGAACGCCAGAAGUUCCUACCGACGCAUCCUUGGGGCGUGCCUGGUGAGGAGCAGAGGAAACCAGGGCUUUCACCAGACUCUGAAAGCGGUUUGCCUGAAAAACGGCAUCUAUGCCUCCAGGACUCUUGCAAGAAUUGAUCUGAAUGAAGCCCUCACACAGCCCAUCUACGAACAGAUUGAUCCCGUUUUUGGGUGCAUUUUUAGCAGGUCUGGGAAGCCCGCUGAUGGCUCAGCUCUGAUCCCCCACAUAGAUGCUUUUAAGCUCUCUCUGCAGGAGAAGAUGACUGAAAUUGGGAUAAGAAAUGGCUUGAAAUAUGACAGCUAUAAAAAGAGUUUCCUGAUCCAGGAGAUAAGUGCCAUCCUGGGAGGCCUGGAGGAACACAUCCUCAGAAAGAAGAGGAAGAUUUAUGAAUCUCUCACCACCUCUGUUCAGAACGACCUGAAGCCCUGUUAUGAAGAGGCCGCACAGAUCACGGGCAAAAAAGCAUGUGAAAGAAUGAAAGAUGCCCUCAGAAGAGGGGUGGACCGGCAGGUGGCCGAGGGCAUGUUCGAACGGGCUCAGGAAAGGAUGCAGCACCAGUUUCAGCAGCUGAAGAGUGGAAUCACGGAGAAGGUGAAGGGCAGCAUCGCUACCAUGUUGACCCUGGCUUCGUCCCCAGGGGAUGGGCUCUACAAGGAGCUUGCAGAUGUCAAAAGUGAAUAUAAGGAGAUGGAGAAACUGCACAGAAGCCUGAGAGAGGUUGCCGAGAAUGCAGUGCUGCGGAGGGGCAUGCAAGACUUCCUUCUGAGAAUGUCCCCCAGCAAAGCCGGCCCCCCAAAAACAUAAGAUUUAAUUCAUGGGGCUUAGCCCCGAGGGGAUGGAAUACAAGCCUAGAGACAAUCAGAUGUACUUCUGUUGGUUAAAACCUAAUAAAGAACAUCUCCCAACUUUGGGAACUUUAUAGACAAUAGAAAA